GACUGGCGUGACUAUCCAGUUUUGACAUGUUGAGAUAUAAAUAGGAAUACACGUAUAAUAAUGGUAUAUAAGCAUUGUGUGGUUUAAGCGUUUGCCUUGACGGCAAGCACAGUUCAUCAACUCAGCGGCAUGUCAGUCAACAAUCAUAUGCUGGGACAUCACGUUGUCACCCUCUGAAUGUCUGUUGAUAUGACUACGGAAGUAACCACAGGGCACACCAGAUCCUAACAAACAGGCAAUAACACAACGUCAGCUGUUUGGACAUGAAAAGUGCAUAUGGAACAGGAGAAUAAAACAAGAUGCCAUUAUAUGUGGGUUAAGGAAUGGGAGUUAUCGUUCUCGUAUUGUGAUGGCGUCACAGACAGCGACCUUGUUGCUCAGCUUCCCCACGCGGAUACAGACGAUUCCAGGCGGCGUUAGGAAAGACAUCCGUGAAGUAUGGAAUCGAGAUAUUGUUGUCAUAAGAGAAGACAGGAUCGUUGUGUCAGAUUUUAGCAACGGUUUGAAGUUGUUCGACUCUCAGGGCUCGCCGCUGAGCAAGAUCCCCAGUGUCCCUCUAGUAAGCGCCGUGACUUCUUUGUCUCCAACGCUCAUUGCUUCAACCAUUAAUUUCGAUAGCGACCCAAGUACUGUUAUUGCUACCGUCGACCUUGACAUUGGUGAAAUGAAGGUUCUCAAAACUAUAAGCACUACAAUCCAUUUCCGUGGAAUUGCUGGCAUUGAUGAACGAACAUGGGCAGCGAGCACUGCUUGGUGGAACGGCGGCGGUGGCAUCUACGUGAUGAACGACGACGGUGAGGUUGAGCGAUCAUACAAUUAUCCAGCAGAAUCCAAAUGCAUGCUGGAGUGUUCAUCACACAUGGCUGUAUCACCCACUGGAGAUUUUAUAGCGUCGGACGGCAACGCGGGAACAGUCGUAAAAGUUGAUCCAAAAGCAGACGGCAAUCCUGUAAAGUUUGUGUACGACGGAAAGAAAAAUCAAACGUUAGAGCUGCCUCUUGGUGUGGCAUGUGACGCCCAGUGCAGGAUCUACGUAGCGGACCAGGGUCUGCACCGUGUCCUCGUGUUAUCGCCUGACGGCACGUAUAUUCAAACGAUAGUAGAUUUUAACCAGCUGCGAGAACCCACGGGUGUAUGUGUUUUUGAAGACAAGCUGUACGUUGUAGAGAAGGUGGGGUCAGUUAAAGUAUUCCAACUUGCAGAACAGUAAUGUCUGCAGGAAGAUUAUCAGGUUUGUGUUGCCUGUACUCCUGGGAUUCACUACUGCACGGUAUCCGCAGGGAUGACACGACAACCGUAUAUCAUGCAGAUUAAGGUGAUUCUUUCCACUGUAACAGGACACUAGGACGCUGUGGGGGUGAAAGUGAGAUUGGUGGAUGCUGCUUUUGGUAUUCUUGAGAGGGACUUAUUUCUUUUCAGGGAAAAUAUUGCUUUCCAUUGUUAACAAAAAUAAAAAACAGCGUAAAGGCCGAUCGUCAUUGGUGAAGAAUUGUUACACUGUGCCACGAACUUUGACUUCCUUUUGUACAAAUCUUUUUUCAAUGACGGUUUUGGCGUUAUCGUGUGUAAUCGGAAGUAAUAAAAAGCAAUGAUUGUGCACAUUGUCAUCAUGUGGGACUCUAGAUGUUACCAUAUGCACAUGCUCAAGGCAAGAUUGCCAAGAAUAUGUGAAACCAAUGCAGUGAGUAUGUAGAUCUGUCGACAAAUUGGAAACUCGAUUAAUAAAAGACGACCAUUC